CUUUUGGUGUGACACUUCAUAAGCAUCGAAACGUCAAAAAUCUUUCAAAAUCAGAGGCACGAAAAUGGCGAUCUGGAGCUCACUUGCACGUUCCGCUCAGGUUUCAGCCCAGUUUAAUUCCCUGGUCCGCAAUCCGGUGCUACUCACAGCAGCCAAAAAUGCACUGGUCCAGAGCCGUUCGAUGGCCGGAGGACACGGUCCGAAGAUGUUCACCAUCACUCCAUCCCGGUUCCAGUGGCACAAGUUCAAAGAUAUGUUCCAUAUGUACGUGAUGGUGGGCGCAAUUCCGGUUCUGGCCGUUAUCUUCUACGCGAACGUUUUCAUCGGUCCGGCUCAGUUGACGGAAACUCCGGCCGAUUACGAACCGAAGCACUGGGAAUACCACAAACAUCCGAUUACGCGCUUUAUCGCCCGCUACAUGCUGAACAACCCGCAGCAGGAUUACGAGAAAAUGUUGCACCAUCUGUACGAGGAAAACGAAAAGUCGCAGAUGCUGGCCCUGGAAGCCAAGAUCCGCCAGAAGAUGGCCGAGCGACACGAUUACCAGUCCUAUUACUACCGUCCGGCCAUCGGAAAGUACCAUCGGGUGGCGAAGGAGGCGGCCGAUCAUCUAGAGUCGAUUCGGGGCGAUUAAACUGGAACACCAGUGAAGUGUUGGAUGUAGAAUCGAGGCAGUGAGAACCGUUACGAAAUAAAUUGAGCUCCUUAAAUGCGAA